AUGUGUAAGCUGCAUCAUGUGUGCGGCUCGGUGGGUCGAAUCGUGUCCACGUUUCUGAUCACAGCGAUGAGUUUCGAUCGCUACGUGGCCAUAUGCCAUCCGCAUCACACCUACUUACGGAGUCGAUCCUUUGUUCUCGGAGUGAUCAGCUGUCUUUCAAUUCUGGCGUUCUUUCUUCUUUUACCGAUGCUUACCUACGCCCGAGCGAAGGAGAUGGUGCUGCACGAGUUGAAAGCACUUGGACAGCUUCAACAUUACACGGGUUCGAGUCUUCAAAUGUUCGGAUAUGAUGCCGCCGCCGAUAUUCUAUUGGUUCACAUCGACAACAUUCAUUCUUGGUUAUGUCGUGCCGUUGAUUCUUAUUGUGUUCUUCAAUUGGAAGCUUAUUCAGUGCUGCCACGAUCUUCCAUACCACUUCGACGAGUCGUUAUGUAUACGGUUUUAAUUGCAGCUGUCUAUUUUGUCUGCUGGACACCCUACUGGUUCUCCGUACUCUACGCCAUAGUGAUGUCAUUGGUUGGCUUGCCAACGACGAAUAGUGAAUUACUC